UCUCCACCUUUUACACCUUCUAGCCACCUUUUCACAUACGGCCAGUCCAGUGAAAUGAAAAGUUCUAGGCAAAGCAGUGCUGUUGUAAGGACGUGCGGUGUGUAGGGCAGACGUCUCAGGUCAGGAUGGAUGGGGUUCUCAGUUUGAGGAAGGGAUCACAGCUGGCCCUCUGUAGAGAGGUCACUGGUCUAUAAACACAAACAAGAAGGAGCAGAUGGGAGACAAGGGGAAGGCGAUGGAGAAGAGGUGAGAGAAAUGGGAAACAAAUUGAGAGGUAAAAGGGAGAUGAGAAAGGGAUAGAGAGGUGAAGAAGGUAGUCUGAAGGGGAUGCCGGAAAGAUGGAUAAAGGGUAGGAAGGAUGAAAAAUUGAUGGAAAGGAAGAUCAGUGAAGGGGAAAAUAGGUAGAAAAAGGUAUGGAAAGGUGAAGAAGAGAUGGAGGAGAAAAUGUGGAGGUGAAGGAGACAUUAAAGGGAAAAGAAGUGAAGGGGAGAUGGAGGGGAGGGGAGGAGAGAUGUUGGAUACUAGCCACGAUGUUGCAGAUGAGGUCAGUCCUGAGAAGCUGUCCUGCAGAAACCUGAAUCUGACCUCCGUUCCCACCAGGUUGGAUCCGGGGCUGCGGAGACUGGACGUGUCCUACAACCGGAUCAGAGACAUGGGUGUGCUGGAGCUGAGGGCUCUCCAGGAGCUGGACGCCAGUGGGAACGGCCUGCGAUUCCUGCAUGAGGGGGCGUUCCAGAAGAUGUUCAGGCUGCGUGCACUGAACCUCGCAGGCAACGCUCUGAACGAGAACGCGGCCUCCAACUCCAGAGCAUUCUGGGCCCUGCUUGGGCUCCGCAGCCUGGACAUGUCCUCCAACGCUCUGAGCCAAAGUGCUGCAGAGCUUUACUUGGACAGAAUCUACUCAUUGAACCACUUGAAUUUCGCGGGUAAUGCCCUCACCAAGCUCACGUCCUCACUGUUCUCCAGGAGCCACUACCUCAGUAGCCUCGACAUGGAAAACAACCUCAUCCUGGACAUUGAGGAGGGCACGUUCGAGCCCCUCAAGAGGUUGGUCUGGCUGAACCUGGCCGGCAACAACCUGGCCUGCAUAUGUGAUUUCAGGCUUCAUGGGCUCAAGUUCCUGAACCUCAGCAGGAACUCCAUGGAGUUUUUCAUCACCCACCGUAGUAAUGAGUCAUACCAACUGGAAACACUUGACCUGAGCUACAACAACCUUCUCUAUUUUCCCAUACUCCCCAAAAUAAAUAAUUUGAGAUAUCUCCAUUUGCAGAACAACAGGCUGGGCAUCUUAAUGCCAGAAAGGUCCGUUACAGAAGCAAGCUCUCUGUAUGAGGAAAUACAUUACAGUACAGUAGGCAGCUAUGAGUUAUAUUCUAAUCAGAGCCUGGAGCUGCUGGCUCACUUGGACCUGAGCAACAAUCAGUUAGCGUCUUUCCCUUCUGAAACAUUAAGCCACUUGCCUUCCCUGGAGGCCUUGAACAUGAGCAGCAACUGCCUGCGUGAUUUUGGCCACAAUGUCGUCCCAAAAAACAGCAGCCAUUGGGGCACCCAGCAAUCAGAACGCCUCCCCUCAUUGCGCUCCCUGGACCUUCAGUCCAAUCAGAUUCAGUCCCUCGGACUGGCUGAGGCCCUGCCAGAGAUAGAAACGCUAAACCUCCGGAGCAAUCUGGUGAACCCAUGCGCUGGCAACGAGUCUGAGCCUUUGCAACUGAAGAACGUCAAUGGUGCCCCCUGUGUCUCAUUCAGCACGAUCAAAACUCUGAGACACCUCAACCUCGGAGAGAAUGGUAUCAAGACUCUGUUCCCACACACAUUCCAGCACACUCCUCUGGUGUCGCUGGAUCUGUCUGGAAACCAGGCCAUGACGAUGGUGGGAGGAGCCCUAGAGGGCCUUCAGGGGACCCUGGAGAUGCUCAGCUUCUCUGGGAAUGAGAUGCAGGGCUCAGACCUCAGUCUGCGGUGUUUGGUGAAACUGAGGAGACUGGACCUGGCCUGGAACAGGCUGGAGGUUCUGCCGGACCUUGUGAGCUGUUCCCCACUGCGGGAGUUAGAUCUGAGGCACAAUGCCUUCACCUUUCUGGACGGGCGUCUCCUUACCGGACUGGCUUCACAUCUGGAUGCUGUCUUAGUCUCCGGCAACGCCUUCAACUGCUGCUCCGCUGGGUGGCUGGAGCUCCUGCGCGGGGCUAGGGUUCGCAUCCGCGACCUGGAUGAAGCCACCUGCUUCUACAGCCGCAACGGGGCCAUGUCUGUUCGUUCGCUAAGUGACCAUUCCAAACUGUGCCGCCCCAAGCCAAAACUUGUUAUUCCGAUAGUUACCCUUCUCAUUGCCGGGUUUCUGUCCCUCAUCAUCAUCUUACUCCUGGUUAAAGGGGCCCCUUGCAAAAAAUGCUCUUCUCUCAAUAUGAAAAGCAACAAAGUUGCUUCAAUCCAGUACCGUAACAAUGAGCAGCCAGCUGCCCCAGUGGCUAAAAUCAACAUGUCUGACAGUGAACUCAAGUACGUGGAAGCUUCGACGUAAAAAUAUGAGCAAUUUGCUGCUGCUGAGCUAGACUUCAGUUACAUUGUUUUCAAUGUCUAGGGCGGGGCUUCCCAACCCUGUUCCUGGAGAUGUUCAACCUAAUGUUUCAACCCUAAUUUGGCAUGCCUGAUUCUACUUUGUGAUGGUCUUUUCCUCGUCUUGUCCAUUAUGACAAAAUCAAACAUUUUUAAUAUUAUCGUGAGUCUUUAGUCUUGGCUUAUACGUUUUGUGAUGGCCAACAACACAAUUUAUAAUCCGACACUGCCAACACCCAAUAGGUGCUCUGUCUUUAGCCCUGUUCAAAAGGAGUUAGUAUUGCAGGAUAAUGUCGGUCAUGUACCUAUUUUAAUCAUGGCACAUCAGUGAUUUCAACGGGCAGUCCAUACGGGAAAAGCCUUUCCCUUUAUUACUCCCCAAAUUUACUGAGGGGACAUGUCUGUUUGGCUGUUUCCCAGUAUAGGCCUAUUCGUCACACAUUCCUACCAGGGGAAAAAAAACACAACACACGCAUAACAUUAUAAAGAAACAAUGUUUUUUUUUAAAGAUUUUUU